AUGGGGUCCAACAACGGCCGAGCCACCAAGCUCCCUCUCGUCCCGCUGGCCAAGGGCUCUGUCCUGCUGCCCGGCGUGACUCUGCGCAUCCCUGUCUCCAACCGCCCCGAUCUCGCCAAUCUUCUGUCAUCCCUGGUCGACCGGCCCAAGCGCGAUGGCAGCUCCAUCACCUUCGGCUGCAUCCCGCUGAGCUCGCCGUUUCUGAGCCGGGAUGGCCAGCAACUGCUGGAGGGCAGCGACACGGACGACACUCGGCGCGCAGAAUGGGACGGAAUCGAUGCGGGCCAGGCGAGAAAGGACGAUCUUUUCAGCACCGGGACAAUCGGCAAAGUGAUCGGGGUUCAGCGCCGCGCUUAUGCCGAGCCGUUCCUCCUCGUCCAGGGCGCGCAGCGGUUUACAGUCAAGCGCGUCCUGAAAGAUCGGCCAUACUUUGAGGCUGAAGUGCUUCUACAUGAUGAGAUUGCCCCCGCACAGGGCGAUCCGGAAGUCACCGAACUGUUCCAACAGCUGAGACAACUCUCGCGAGAACUUCUGACUCUGUUGCGCCUAUCUUCACUUUUGUCGGCCGCCUCGGGCCGAUUGUCGCCACUUGUUGCGCGCAAGUUCGAAUUGUACAUUUCCAAGACUGAAUUGUCACAGGCUGGUAGAUUGGCCGAUUUUAUGGCCGAUGUGUCUGAUGCAAGCUUUGAGGAGAAACUACGGAUCUUGGCCUCGUUCGAUGUGAAAGAACGGUUGGAAAGGGUCGUCGAGAUCCUGACCAGGCAAGCGCAGCACAUCAAGAGCAGCGUCAAGGUCACAACCAUUAGUAGCACCUCCUUCCCUCAGAAUUCCGAUAUUGGUCAGAUUGACCCACGCGAGCGUGAACUGCUAGCAAGACGCGCCGUUUCGGGCCUCUCUGGCCUCGCACCCCCGGGAGCUUCAGGCUUACGGGGGGGCGAUAACGAAGAGAAGGAGCCGAACGAGGUGGACGAACUUCAGCAGAAGCUUGAGGAAGCGCAGCUCAGCCCCGAGGCUCGUAAGGUUGCGGAUAAGGAAAUGAAGCGUUUACGCAAGAUGAACCCAGCCAACGCCGAAUACGGAGUCUGCCGCACGUACCUGGAGAACCUAGCAGAGAUUCCAUGGACCAAGGUGACAGAGGACCAACUGGGACCGGACACGCUUAAGAGAGCCCGCAAGCAGCUCGACGAUGACCAUUACGGACUGGAGCGGAUCAAGAAGAGGCUGCUGGAAUACCUUGCCGUGCUGCGUCUGAAGCAGUCGACCAACCAGGACGUCGAGCGCCAAAUUGAUGGACUGACGAAGGAUCUGGAUGUCUCCACGGCUGGCGACGUGGAGAAGGAUGUCCCUAUGAUGUCAGAAACUGACCGUGUUGCUCUGGAGACAAAACUCGAGCUCUUGAAGUCCAAGCGCAUGACUGACAAGUCUCCCAUCUUGCUCCUGGCCGGUCCGCCGGGCACUGGUAAGACCAGCUUGGCGCGGUCUGUGGCUGCGUCGCUGGGACGCAAGUUUCACCGUAUUUCGCUCGGUGGUGUUCGCGAUGAAGCGGAAAUCCGGGGCCACCGACGGACCUAUGUUGCGGCCAUGCCAGGCCUGAUCGUCAACGGCCUGAAGAAAGUUGGCGUGGCCAACCCCGUUUUCCUACUGGAUGAGAUCGACAAGGUCGGCGGUUCCAACUUCCAGGGCGACCCGUCUGCCGCUAUGCUGGAGGUUCUGGAUCCGGAGCAGAACAACAGCUUCACUGACCAUUAUAUUAACAUUCCGAUCGAUUUGAGCAAGGUGCUUUUUAUCGCUACUGCCAACUCACUGGACACGAUCCCUGCGCCCUUGCUAGAUCGCAUGGAAACCAUUUCUCUGUCCGGAUAUACGACUGUCGAGAAGAGGCACAUCGCUAAGCGACACCUCAUCCCUAAGCAGAUCCAAUCCAAUGGUCUCUCCGCCGGGCAGGUCGACCUUUCAGACGAGGUAAUCGACAAGACAAUCACAUCCUACACUCGCGAAUCCGGCGUCCGCAACCUAGAACGCGAGAUCGGCUCGAUCUGCCGCCACAAGGCAGUCCAAUUCGCCGACGCCGGGGACGCCGGCCGCCUGGGAGAUUAUAACCCCGUCGUCACGGUCGACGAUCUGGAAGACAUCCUGGGCAUUGAACGCUUUGAAGAAGAGAUCGCCGAGAAGCACGGCCGUCCUGGCGUGGUGACGGGUCUCGUCGCAUACUCGACCGGCGGCCAGGGCAGUAUUCUGUUUAUCGAGGUAGCCGACAUGCCCGGCAACGGACGCGUGCAGCUGACCGGCAAGCUUGGCGAUGUGCUGAAGGAAUCUGUCGAGGUGGCCCUCACCUGGGUCAAGGCCCACUCCUUCGAGCUGGGCCUCACCCACGACCCCAACGAGGACAUCAUGAAGAGCCGCAGCUUGCACGUCCACUGCCCCUCUGGCGCGAUCCCCAAAGACGGCCCCUCAGCUGGUCUCGCCCACACCGUUGGAUUGAUCUCCUUGUUCAGCAAUAAGCCCGUGCCGCCCCAGAUUGCCAUGACGGGCGAGGUCUCACUGCGUGGCCGCGUCAUGCCUGUCGGCGGCAUCAAGGAGAAGCUGAUCGGCGCCUUGCGCGCCGGCGUCAAGACCGUGCUUCUCCCACAGCACAACCGCAAGGAUGUCAAGGAUAUCCCGCAGGAAGUCAAGGACGGACUGGAGAUUAUCUACGUGCAGCACAUCUGGGAAGCACUCCGCCACAUCUGGCCCGACGCACACUGGCCAGGCCAACACAUGAAUUUUGUGGAGAGCCGGCUAUAG